GGGAACAUUAGGGACAACACCAAAAUACUGCUCACUGCACCCGUCAUUGGACUAUUGCUGGAAAACAGUGUAGUUAAGGUCUUAUAAAGGAUACGGAGGAUUAUCAGGAAGGAUGAAUCGCUCCUGUUUAAACUUCUUGAAAGAUAUGGUGCCAUUUCUCCAUUUUGUCUGCUGGCUGUGUGGUGGCUUUGUGCUCGGGUUUGGGAUAUUCCAGUCCAUGAACUCCAGGUUUGCCUACCUCGUCACGACCUUCUGGCCCAUCUACCCCGCCAACACUCUGGUGGUUACUGGCACCAUCGUUAUGUGUGUGUGUUAUAUAGGAGUGCUGGGAGGCAUGAAGGAGAGCCGCUGCAUGCUCAUCAAUUUCUUCAUCCUGCUGUUCAUCCUGAUGCUGGUGGAGCUGGCCAUGGCCUGUGUGUUCCUGGUCUUCAGCAAAAAGAUUGACACAUACUUUGAGAAAGACCUAAUGCAAAGCUUGGAGAUCUAUAGAAUGUCCAGUCCUGAAGGCAAUAAGACCAUUAGAGAUGACUUUGAUGCUGCCCAGCACCUGUUUAAGUGCUGUGGAGUUCAUGGUGUGGCAGAUUGGAAGGAUAACAUCCCACUCUCCUGUUGUAAAAAGGACCCAUGUAAUGUCGUCCCUUUUAGCACCUGGCAAGAGGGUUGUCUUGUGAAACUGAAGGACUGGUUUGCCCAUAACUACCGUAGCACAGGCUCUGGUGUUGUCACAAUGUUUAUCAUACAGUUCCUUUGUCUGUGUUUCACCGUCCCGGUCUUUUGCAGCUUCACUCGACAAGGGCUAGGCUACAAAUGAAAAAGGCCCUUCAUGUCAACAGGUUGUCUUUACCAACUAUAUAACAAUGUGUUCCAAAUGCCUUUUAAGGUUGAUGUUGGUGUUUCACUUCUUGGAACAGAGCCACAGUCAUUCAGCCAGGAAUAAAGAUGUGUGUUCUCCUAACAAGGGCUGGGGAUUUCUUUGCUAUAUGGGUGACACCACUUCGGACACCUGAUCUCUGGAGAACCCUGAUCUCCGGAGGUCAGGUUAGAAAAGUUCUCUUUAGACAUUUUGAACUCUAAAAAAGUAAUUUUGUAGGAAUUUUCUUGUUAUCAUUAUUUAACACCUUUAGGCUAUCCAUUUUUGAGAUGUCAAUAUUUUAUCUCCUGUCACAAUUGUGUUUUCAAUUGAUUUGAGCAACUAGAAAGGAAGACCUUUAACCUUUGGUGGUACUAUCUUACUCUUAAAUAAAACACAUGCUGAUUUUUAA